CAUUUCUCACUGCUCCCGGUCCUUGGUGCUACCUGCUAGCUGCUAGUCUGUAUCUUUGAGCGCCUCUGAAUCCCAUUGUUGGCUUCGCCCUAGUGUCAAGACAAUCCAUCAUCAUGGCCGCCCCCAACGCCAACUUUUUCAUCCAAGAUAAGCUAAAGGACAAAGCCCCGCAUCAUGAGUCUUUCAAGCAAUUGUGGGAGACCAAGUGGAAGAAGCCCGCCGAGAUGGGCGUCUACCCUUUCAUGUUUGGCACCGCCAAAGACUUCGAGCCCAUCGUGGAAGAAAUGACGAGGCUAGACAUGAAGGAGCCCUACGAUUGGGAUGCCUACGCUGAGGUCUUUCGCCCGCAAGCCGAAAAUCUCACAAGCAUCGCCGAAGAGGCUGAGAAGACCGGCGAGAAAGAGAAGGCGUCCGAGUACUAUCUGCGCGCCUCUGCCGUCUGGCGCAUCUCGCGCUUCCCGGCGCCCCGCUCCGAGAAGCAGCGUUAUGCGUGGACGAAGGGAAAAGAGGUGUGCAUCAAGGGUUUGAAUCUACGAGAGCACCCCGUGUACGAGGUCCAAGUCCCGCACAAGUACGCCAUUGAAGGCGAGGGUAGCCACAUCCCGAUCUACCACCAGCUUCCUGAAGGUUCCUCAAAAGAGAAUCCCGCUCCUGUGGUUGUUAUCAUGACGGGAUUAGACGGCUACCGGACUGAGCUGUGCGUAUGGGCCGAAGGCUGGCGUCGUAAUGGCGUCGGCGUUGUCGUGGUUGAGAUACCAGGCACUGGAGAUUCUCCAGCUCUCGCAACUGACCCGAAAAGCCCGGACAGACAAUGGUCGAGUCUGCUAGACUGGAUCAAUGAACAGGAGAGUAUUGACAGCAACAAGAUUGCUGUUUGGGCAUUUUCAACCGGUGGUUUCUACGCCAUCAGACUGGCUCAUACGCAUCCAGACCGCGUGGCGGGUGUGGUGGCGUUGGGCGGUGGUACUCAUUAUAUGUUUGAUCCGCGGUGGCUGAAUGAGGUCAACCACUUGGAAUAUCCCUUUGACUUGGCGAACACACUUGCUUACAAGUUCGGUUACGGAACCGAUGUAGAAACCUUCAAAAAAGAAGCUUCGGACAAGUUCUCCCUCCUCAAAGAUGGAACCCUGGACAAGCCUGAGUGUGCACGGCUACUUUUGGUGAACGGCACCGAGGACGAAAUCUUCCCAAUUGACGAUUACUACAUUGCGCUGCAACAUGGUGCGCCAAAGGAGGCUCGCUUCGUACCUAACGUCAAGCACAUGGGCGAGCCAGAGUCUUUCUUUAUCAUCUUGAAGUGGAUCUACGAUCUUUUCGGCAUCAAGGCAAACCCGGGGCUACAGAUGUCGACGCUGCCAUUCAAGCCCAAGUAUUGAAAAGAGUUGGAGCGCCAGGAGGGCGCAUGAGUGGCGACCGGUAGUACCAUGCUAUCAAAGUAUCUGGUACAUGCAUAGGAAGGAAUUAAUUCUGAAUUCUUAGUAGUUGGCAAUUUUGCAACUUCAGCAAUCCGUAUCAUCUGUACCUGCGAUGCCAUCUGGCUGGGUCGGUCUCUCGUUCCAUAGUUGUCGUGCAAAUACAAUGGUCGGAAUGUCGUUCGGCCCGUUGGAUGCAAGUCAUGAUGUCGUCGCCGCCGUCAUGCUUUAAAAAUCCGACAGAGUGGCUCUUGGCCCUCAUGACUAGCGGC